AUGUCCGCUGCCAACACGGUAGUGGAGAACGGCGGCAGGGUAGUUUUGCUCGACAAAUCUUCAUUCUGCGGCGGUAACUCCACGAAGGCCACCUCUGGCAUCAACGGAGCAGGCACGAAGACCCAGAAGGCAAAGGGUAUUCCAGACAACGCCGAGAUCUUUACCCAGGACACCUUGAAAGGUGGAGCAAAGAAGCCAGAGCUUGCGAAGCUGCUGUGCGAUAACAGCGCCGCAGAUGUUGACUGGCUGGUGGACAUCUUCAACCUGGAUCUGUCUCUGCUGGCUCGCCUCGGUGGCCACUCGCAGCCCCGAACGCACAGAGGUAAGGAGCGCUUCCCUGGCAUGACCAUCACCUACGCCCUGAUCCAGAUGUUGGAAAAGGUCGCCGAGAAGACGGAUCUUGCACGAAUCAUCACCAAAGCCAAGGUGUUCAAACUCGUGACGGAGGGCAACGUGUGCGUGGGCUGCGUGUACGAGAAGGGCGGCCAGAACUUCCAGGAGUUCGGCCCAGUGAUCUUGGCGUCAGGCGGCUUUGGAGCCGACUUCACCCAGGAUUCUCUGCUUGCCAAGUACCGGCCAGACCUUCUCCACCUGCCGACGACCAAUGGCGAGCACUGCACUGGCGACGGCAUCAAGAUGGGUGAGGCAAUCGGAGCCAAGACCAUCGACCUGGAGUGGGUCCAGGUGCAUCCGACCGGCCUCGUGAAGCCGGACGAUGCGGACGCCAAGAUCAAGUUCCUGGCCGCCGAGGCAUUGCGAGGUGUGGGUGGAAUCAUCCUCAACGCGGAGGGCAAUCGCUUCUGCAACGAGCUGGGGCGACGCGACUACGUGACUGGCGAGAUGUGGAAGAGCAAGCCACCCUUCAGGCUGUGCUUGAACAAGGCUGCAUCCGAUGAGAUCAUCUGGCACUGCAAGCACUACACCGGACGUGGUGUCAUGAAGUACUACUCAAGCGGUGAGGAUCUUGCCAAGGACAUGGGGGUGCCUCUCUCCGUCAUUGAGAAGGCCCACGAGGAGCACUUCCAGGCGGCAAAGAAGACGGAGACGGACCCUGACGGCGGCCCAUUCCCCGCCUACCCGUCCGGCAAGUGCUGGGACGAG